UCAGAGAAUCAGAAUCGUACGUCUAAACAAGAUCAAAAAUGAAGUUGUGGCUUUUCACCAAUAUCAUUUUUCUCCUUGUUCAAUGGGAGUUGUGCAUUGCCAAUAUUCUUCUACCUCUGCAAGCCACCACCAAACUAGUGUCGCCUUCUCAACACCCCCACCAGCUCUCUAACACUUAUUAUCUCAAUACAUGCCCAGCUCUUGAAGUAAUCAUCCACCAGAAAAUGGAAGCCUGGUUUAAGACGGAUCCAACAUUGCCUGCUUCAAUCAUUCGCUUACAUUUCCACGACUGUGCCGUCAGGGGAUGCGAUGCUUCAAUUUUGCUAAACCACGCCGGGAGCGAGAGAACAGCGUUUGCGAGCAAGACGUUGAGGGGUUUCAAUGUGAUUAAUGAUAUUAAGGCAGAGGCUGACACAAGGUGUCCAAAAACAGUCUCCUGCGCUGACAUUCUAACAGCGGCAGCACGAGAUGCUACUGUUCUAUUAGGAGGUCCAUUCUGGGAAGUCUCAUUUGGUCGAAAAGAUGGACGAAUCUCCAUAGCCAAAGAAGCCGAUAUGGUUCCUCAGGGUCACGAAAAUGUUACCAGUUUGAUCGACUUCUUCCAGUCUCGAGGCCUGAACGAACUUGACUUGGUUGUACUCUCAGGGUCACACACCAUUGGAAGGAGCAGUUGCUAUUCAAUCUUGCAAAGGCUAGCUAAGCCUGAUUUUUCUUCACUAGACAGAAAUCACUGGAGGAGCUUGAUAAGGCAAUGUAGAUGGAGUAGUAAUUUGGUUAAUCUAGAUGUCACAACUCCAACGGCUUUUGACACAGCAUAUUACACCAAUCUGCAGAUGAAGAAGGGAUUGUUGUCGACAGAUCAAGCACUGUACUCGGAUCCAAGAACAGCACCAUUUGUUAAUGCAAUGAUGUCUCAGCCAUUCCUGUUCACUAGUCAGUUUCUGGUGUCUAUGGUUAAGCUUGGGAAUACACAAGUUCUGAGUGGACCAAAUCAAGGUGAAAUCAGACUCAAUUGCAACAAUCUCAAUCCUUAACCUUAAGGAGAUUGCCUCAUCAUGUCCUCAUUGCUUUUGCACAUCAUUUUUCUGUGUUCUUAAUGCUUAAUCAUUCAAAUAAAUUAAUCACUUUUGUAAAAGUC